GUGUGAUAAACAGUAUACCCGUGGAAGUCCAGCGAGAGAGAAGGUCGCCGCCUGCGCCCAUCCCUCCCCCCAACAAUAACAGCUUGCCUGUCCACAAGCUCUACAAUAUAUAGUCCUUUAUAAGCAAAUAAAGAACUCUGUAUUGUAGAGAGGGCACGGUAUUUCUUCUUCUCCUACUCUAAUUAUUUCUCUCUACUCUUUUUUUUUAUACAAUUACCCACUUUCCACUCUCACGGUACAACCCUCCUUCUGUGUACAUUACAAACACCUCACACAUUGCCCCCUCGAGGAAGAGCUGCCGCCUCUCCACGAUGGCUAUCAGUGCAUUUUUGGUAGCCUUCCUGCUCUCCGCUAGUAUUCCUAGUGUGUAUGGAACCGAAGGAGGAUGCCUCGUGGAGAAUUACGUACGGAUCACAAACACAGCAGACACACGGAUCCUCAGCCUUAUCAAACCCGACAAAGCCCUGACCUUCGUCGUGGAGUUUGAAAACCAUGACAUGACGUUCUGGCGGGACUGGGUGAAUCUGACCAACUCCAGGGUGACGCACGGCAAGGUGAGGGACGGAGAGAGCAGCCGGACAACGCACGACCUGUCGCUGGUGGUCAGUGAGGGCUGGAACAACCUGCGCCUGGAGGCUGUUAGCGCGAGCUUCGAACUGACUCAGUUGCUUGGAGACGGUGACGAGGCAACCCUUCUCGACCUGAAAUUGGACUUCCCCGUCUCCUACGUGCACGUGAUGGGGACCUUCUCUCUCUGCUCUGAAGGUUCCCCUGAAUGGAAGGUGGCCGAGGGGGAGGUGGUGUCCGUCCCGCUGCAGCCCGAAAGGAGCCAUACGCUGUUUGUGACUGGCCGAGGCGACGCCGCGCCCUACAUCUUGGAUUCGUCGUCGAGCUCUGAGCCGCAGAAGAACAUCAGCGCCAACACCACCCUCACCAUUAAGACACGGUGGCGCCGCUCCCUCAUUCAAGUUGAAAUUUUUCAGAACGGGACCGAGGAAGCCCUGGCGGACAUGAAGCAGCCCCUCGCCUCCCCCACUGUGCAGAUGGGCAGUCGUGCGGGCAUCCUGCACCUCCGCCUGGACCCGUCCGCCCCGCUCCAGCCCGCCACCAAAGACUGUCACUCCGUGGACUCCUUUGGCGACUCGAAGCACUCGAAGGCGCUCUGGCCGAUGGGCUUUGUGCUGCUCUUCGGUGGCAUAGCCCUCGCUCUGGGCUGCCUGCUCGGGGUGCCGGUUGGUCUACUGGUCAGCAGGCAAGUGGCGAGGAGAGCCACAACGUCAGGUGCGGCCGCCACUCCCAGCGCGAGUAAGAAGUUACUACCCGCUUAGACACAGACAGCUCAUGAAAUUAACCCAGCCAUCGAGUCGUGCGCAGUUAACAUAUUCGGAGUAUCUCCACUCACACGAUGUCAGUCCCAUAAUCUGAGAAUACACAGUCGCCCACGCGCAGGAUGAUGACGUCACAUGGUUCACAUCGGUGAUUCUAGACCCUUACUUAACUUUAGGCUCCCGGAUUGUUAUACAGAAAGCUAAAAUAAGAAGGAUAACCCAUGCGUGACAAAUAGACGGACAAGUUAAAAAUAGUAGGAAAUCACGGAAUCGUGUGCGAACAGAGUGCGAUGACUGUGAAUUCUUAGACUGUCGUCACGCCUGUGCUCUAAGGACACGAGCUGCGUUCCUUUAUCUUGGCUGUUAAUUAAAACAUCAUGAAGUGGAUCCAUCCUCCAUCGGGCAGCAUAUUCUGCUAGCUUUGUAAAAAUGUCUAUCGAACACGAUUCGGUGCCGGUCCCAAGCCCGGUUAAUGGGGAGGGUUAGCAUGGGGAAAGUAAAUUAAUGAAAACA